AUGCGAUCUCUUUCUCUUUUAGCCGCCGCCCUUUUACAAGGUCUUUGGAUAGCUCAUGCCCAACAGGACCAAUCGCAGCAAUCCGCAAAUUCAUCCGCCAAACCAGAAGUCUUAAUACACAGCGAUAGUGAUUUCUGUCUUUUCUUGCCUCCUCAACCGGGACUUGACGUGGCUACCAACGAAGACAACGGUAUUCCCUUCUGUACCAAUCCAGACAAUGUGCCUGGUUCCAAACCUUUCCCAGAAGGAUUCAUCACGACCGCUCACUAUCAAAAGAACGAUACUUAUGAGCAAAUUACCGGUUACAUUGAUGCAUCUAAAUAUCAAUUGCAGCCAACCGAUGGUGGCGGUCAAUACGAUUCGCACGGUGAUGGCAAACCCAAAGGUGCUUCUUGCCAAAAUUACGAUUAUUUUGUCAGUUUGAUUGAACCAAGCGACAAUCGAUUCUGCAUUCGUUGCUGCAAGAAUGAGAACGAUUGUCCCACUGGACGAUCCGGUUACGGAUGUCUUCGUGUUGUACCCGGUGACUAUUCG